AUGGAGUACAGGAAAGAGAAAAGGGAAUAUAAGGAGUUAUGCGAGACAAAAAAGAGGGAAGAGAAUGAGAGAUGGGAGAGGAAAGUGGAGGGGGCGAGGAAUGAGAGUCAGGUGUGGGAAAUAGUUAAUGGGGAAAGGAAGAGACGGAAAGGGAUAAAUAAGGGGAUAGAGAUGAAAGAAUGGGAAGGAUAUUUCAAAGAGUUGUUGGGGGGCGUGGAAGGAAGAAUGAUAAGGGGAAAAGGUAAAAGGAGAAAGCAGGGGUGGGAAAGGGAUCUAAGUAGGGAGGAGAUAAGGAGGGCGACGAGAAAUCUGAAGGACGGUAAGGCAAUGGGGAUAGAUGGAAUUCCGAAUAAGGUAUGGAAAUAUGAGGGAGAGAUGGAGGAAUGGGUCUGGAAGGUGUGUAAUGAAAUUUGGAUGGGGGGGUGGUCAAAGGAAUGGAAGGAGGGAGUGGUUGUGCCAGUAAGGAAAAAGGAGCAGGGGGAAGAGGUGAGGGAUUAUAGGGAGAUUUCAAUAAUGCCGACUUUGUAUAAGGUGUAUACGGCGGUGCUUUCGGAAAGGUUAAGGGACGAAGUGGAGGCAGAUAAGGAAUAA